CCGGGCCGGGGGCGGGGAGGAGCCAAGGGGGAGAGCGAGCUCGGCCGCUGGGUGGGUCGGGGCGUUCAGCGCGCCCUUCAUUGAAGCGGCGGUGGCCGGGCUGGGCGCCGGGAGUGGGAAGCGACGGCGGGGCUGGAAAAUGCCGGUCCACUCCCGAGGGGACAAGAAGGAGACCAACCAUCACGAUGAGAUGGAGGUGGACUACGCCGAAAACGACGGGAGCAGCUCCGAGGACGAGGACACGGAGAGCUCGUCGGUCUCCGAGGAUGGAGACAGCUCAGUUUGACCUUUAUUUGGCGAAGAGCAAGAUGCAGAUCAUUUUGUGCUUCAGUUAUUUUGAUGCAUUGAAUAUAUUGUAUCAAAAUAGAAGAUGUGAAUAUAGGACAGACCUGAAAUGGAUGAUGAAGACUGUGAAAGAAGAAGAAUGGAAUGUUUAGAUGAAAUGUCUAAUCUUGAAAAACAGUUUACCGAUCUCAAAGAUCAACUUUAUAAAGAACGAUUAAGUCAAGUGGAUGCAAAACUACAAGAAGUCAUAGCUGGAAAAGCACCAGAAUAUUUGGAACCACUGGCAACUUUACAGGAAAAUAUGCAAAUUCGUACAAAGGUAGCAGGAAUCUAUAGAGAGCUCUGCUUAGAAUCUGUAAAGAACAAAUAUGAAUGUGAAAUUCAAGCUUCUCGCCAGCAUUGUGAGAGUGAAAAGCUUUUGUUGUAUGAUACAGUCCAGAGUGAACUAGAGGAGAAGAUAAGACGGCUUGAAGAGGAUAGACACAGUAUUGAUAUUACCUCAGAGCUGUGGAAUGAUGAGCUUCAGUCAAGAAAAAAGAGGAAGGAUCCUUUCAGUCCUGACAAAAAGAAGCCAGUUGUUGUUUCAGGUCCAUAUAUAGUUUAUAUGCUGCAAGAUCUUGAUAUUCUUGAAGACUGGACAACAAUUAGGAAGGCAAUGGCUACACUGGGUCCACACAGAGUGAAAACAGAACCACCGGUGAAACUGGAGAAACAUCUGCACAGUGCUAGAUCUGAAGAGGGAAGACUGUAUUAUGAUGGAGAAUGGUAUAUACGUGGGCAAACGAUAUGUAUUGAUAAAAAAGAUGAAUGUCCUACAAGUGCCGUAAUUACAACAAUUAACCAUGAUGAAGUUUGGUUUAAGAGGCCUGAUGGAAGCAAAUCUAAGCUUUACAUUUCACAGCUACAGAAAGGAAAAUAUUCAAUUAAACAUUCGUAAUCAUGAUUUAAGUGUUAUCUAAAUCUACCUUAUUAGUGUUACCAAAUGUGACGUGCCAUGAGAGUCAAAAAUGUAUUCAGUAACUUAAUAUUCUCAUUGACUCGUGAGAGAAUGUAUAUCUAUAGGUAGUACUAGACCUUUACUGAUAGUUUACUAAAAAAAAACGAGAAUCAAAAUUUAAUCAUGAUCAUUGCAUUUAUUUGCCUCUUAGGUCUGAUGACCAAUGGUAUACUGUAUAUGGUAAGAAUUUCUUUCUAAACGUUUGUCUUUGGUUUUUUAAAAGAAUUAUGCAAAUUUGUUUUUAGUGAACCAUGGCUACAUUUAGCUGCAAUUUUUAAAAUUUUCCAUAUUUGUUAUCAUGUGUUUGUAAAUAAGACUGAUGAAAUGUUUCCUAUAAAUGAUUUGUACUAGUACAUUCGUGUUAAAUCAGAACUGAAAUUUAAACAUAUAUAUAUGAGUAUGUAUAUAUGGCAUCAUCAGCUUAUUUAGAACUGAUGGCCUUACCUAACAAUCUUGUCUUACCCAAAAUUAAGCUACUGGGUUUGAAAGCUAAAAGGAGCACUUUUGUAGAAUAGCAACUUUCCUUUUCCUCUUUUUUGAUUGUAUGGUGGUGACCUAUUUUUACAAAUUAUACUUAAUGUUAAUUAGUAAAAUUAGUGUCAAGUGGUAACAUGUUUCUAUCUGUAUUUCUUGUGACCCUUUGGAGGGCAGGUAUUUAUACCUGGUAUUUAUGAUGCAGUAUAUAAGUGGUGAACAGUAACUGACAGUAUUGUGGUGCUUGCUGUACAGGUCUGAUCUUUUGAAACAGAUUUUUAGUAAGCGUUUUCCAGAGGUAAAACUAUGUCCUUAUUCUAAUUUUAUUCCUAGGGCAAAAUAGACAAGGAUCAUAUCCUUAAAUCUGUUCCCAAAUUAAUAUUUUUUAUCUUUGGUAUUUCUAUACUUUAAGGCCAUUUGGUGCAAUUUAGAAAGUGUUGGCCUCCUUUCCCUUAUCCACAUUCAAAAUUUACUUCCAAAGCCACAGGAACAGUACAAAGAACUGAAACCCUCACUAUUGCAGCAAAAUUGGCUGUAGUAUAUAUUUAGGGUACAACCAAAUCAAGUAUUCCUGGUGGUCUUGUGCACUUUAAUUUCUGUUACAAUAAGACUUAAGCGGAUGAGGAAGAAAUCUACUUGUUAACACUUAGGGCAGGAAUAGCUGCAUGAUUCCGUUUGUUUUCCUACUAUUUUACCUCUGUAAACAUCUUCCUGUGUGGAUCACUACUUCACAGUUGCCAAAUUUUAAAACAUUUGACUUCUGAAAUUCAGUAUCAGCAAAGUUAUGAUACUUUGUUCUGUUUCUAAUUGACUUUAGCAAAUGUACAUAAUGUCAUAACCCAAUAGUAUUUGACAGUACUUAUGUAUACAAUGUUUGAUAAGCAUUUUUAAUAAGAUUUGUAUUUUUAAAUUUAGUCUGUAAUAAAAAGAUGUGUUUGAGUGUCA